CAGAAAGAACAGACAAAAUGCUGGCAGGGCACAGGACAAAGCACUCGGGACAAAAUAUCCAUGAAAAAAAUGACAUUUUUUUAAAAUUUUCAAAUUUCCCACCGCUGGUGGCACCCGUAUGUCCGACGUCACAGGGACCGGAACACAGAAGCCGGAUGCCGGCAUUGGCCGGAGGAGAUGGCCGGGGAUGCUGCAGAAGACACAUCUCAGGAGCGAAGGACAAGGUAAGCUCUGCAGGGACUCCCUAUGCAGCGCCGCAUGGUAAGCCCGAGUGUAGCUCGGGGUUACCGCUUUUGGUACUGACA